GUCGUUUCCAUUUCCCCCUUUCAAAGUUUUUGAUUCCUCGACCAGAUCAGAUUUCAAGUUGUGAAAUCGAGAGAUAAGCUUUGGUUAACCAUGGCUGGUCGUUACGAUCGUAACCCAUUCGACGAACAAGAUGAAGUCAAUCCUUUUGCUAACCCUGGGAGUGUUCCCUCUGCUUCGAAUUCCAGAUUAUCGCCUUUGCCUCCCGAACCUGCUGGUUUUGCUUAUGGUGACAUUCCUCUUGACAGACCUGGGUCUGGUACACAGGAUUUGAAAAAAAAGGAGAAGGAGCUUCAAGCCAAAGAAGCUGAGCUAAGACGACGAGAGCAGGAUCUCAAACGGAAAGAGGAUGCUGCUGCACGAGCCGGAAUUGUUAUCGAGGCGAAAAACUGGCCACCCUUCUUCCCACUUAUCCACCAUGACAUUGCGAAUGAAAUUCCUGUUCGGCUCCAAAGGCUACAGUAUAUUGCAUUUGCAACAUAUUUGGGGUUGGUUCUUGCACUUUUCUGGAAUAUCAUCGCUGUUACUACCGCUUGGAUCAAAGGAGAAGGAGUAACAAUUUGGCUUCUCGCCGUUAUUUACUUCAUAUCGGGUGUCCCAGGAGGCUAUGUGUUAUGGUAUCGGCCUCUCUACCGUGCCUUCAGAAGUGAUAGUGCAUUCAACUUUGGAUGGUUUUUCUUGUUCUACAUGCUCCACAUACUUUUCUGCGUCUUUGCUGCAGUUGCUCCACCUAUUGUCUUCAAAGGAAAAUCACUUGCGGGCAUAUUACCUGCAAUAGAUGUGUUGAGCGCUCAGGCAUUGGUUGGGAUCUUCUACUUCAUCGGGUUUGGGUUAUUCUGCCUUGAAUCAGUGGUCAGCAUCUGGGUUAUUCAGCAAGUAUACAUGUACUUCCGAGGAAGCGGGAAAGCGGAUGAAAUGAGACGGGAUGCUGCAAGAGGAGCCAUGAGAGCUGCCAUAUGAGAAAAAUGAGAAUCAAUGAUUGUAGUCAUCUCUUCUGAAGCAUUGCAUGUGAUGUGUAAUGUUUACACUCUUUUUUCAGUUGUUAUUUAGCUUCACUGAUCAAUUUUUCUCUUGAGCUUUUUUUUUUGUUUUAGUUUUCUUUUUCAUCAGGUGUUCUUAAAAGUAGUAAACGUAAAGCUCAUGUAUAAAAAUGUGUUUGUUCAAUUUGAAUUCAGGCUAGUUACACAUUUUCAAACUA